CCUCAGGUGGCGGACACUUCCUCUGUGGGACACGGAAGAGUGCUGGUGAGCAGAAAGGAUGCCUCCUAAGUUCAAGCGCCACCUAAACGAUGACGACGUCACUGGGUCUGUGAAGAGUGAAAGGAGAAAUCUUUUGGAAGAUGACUCAGAUGAAGAAGAGGACUUUUUUCUACGGGGACCAUCUGGACCAAGAUUUGGACCUAGAAAUGAUAAAAUUAAACAUGUUCAGAAUCAGGUGGAUGAAGUCAUUGAUGUAAUGCAAGAAAAUAUUACAAAGGUCAUUGAGCGAGGAGAGCGGCUAGAUGAACUGCAAGACAAGUCAGAAAGCUUAUCAGAUAAUGCAACUGCAUUCAGCAACAGAUCCAAACAACUCCGAAGGCACAUGUGGUGGCAUGGAUGCAAAGUAAGUAAAGGAGAAGGUGGGGUUGGGAGCAGAGAAAGAUUUGAGGAGAAGGGGCCACUAGUCUCUGAGCUCAGUGAGAACCAACGCUGUAACUGCUCUUCUUAUUGGGCGAUUUCCUCAGUCUUGGACACGAAAGAGUAACUACAGGAACCAUGCACUGUCUGAUGCCUCCCAGCUCUCUCUGUGAAGGUGCCCUCAUUUCCCAGUGGUCCAGCGUUUGGACGCCCAGUGACGCACGUCUGCCCUCCUUAGCAGCACUUCUUCCUAGCAGUUUUGGGGAUAUACAGAGUGGUUUGUUUUUUAUUUUUAUUUAUUUAUUUAUUUUUAAUAAAAUGAAGCCUGGAGAGAAGUAUGAUUUUUUUUUCCUAGAAGUAGUUUGUAUGCCAGAAACUCUCCUAACAAAAAGAUUAAGGAAAAAGGCCCCAUUUUAUUCCUUCAUUAUUUCAACAAAUAAGAAAGAAAAGAAAAAUUUAGUAAGGACAAAUGGAUUUCACUAUACAUUAAUAUCCUUCAGAAAUGAAUUUGCCUCUUAAAUCAAGUAUGGCCAAGCAUGAAACAAAUAUCUUUUAACAUUUAUAGCAAAUUUCAUGUUAUGAGAACAAAUCUUUCUUUAUUCCUCUUGAGUCUAGGAUAUGCGUUUUUUAUUUCGCCAAAAUCCUUGAACCUGGGCUUAUUGUUUUUUUAAACCCUCACUUUAGGGUUCAACAAUAAUUUUUUAAACCCAAAUUUGCCACAUGUUAAGGAUUUCUUCCAAAAGAUGUCUUGGAUUUACCAAGUUUUAUUUGUUUAUCUGUUAAAUGUCCUGUUUCCCGAAGUAAGAAGGAAAAAGAAGAAGAAAGACAAGUAUAGAACUUUUUUUCUAUUAUUUUUGUUUUUUUCAGAGAAUAAAUUUUGUAUUUUCUUUCAUUUCUUCUCCGCCUCCUGCCUCUAAUAUUUUUAAAGAGAGUUUAAAAAUUAUACAGGAAUUGUUGUUUUAAACAGACUCAGACUCAGUUAACUCUGUAGCCCACUCUAGCAUCAAGCACGCAGUGAACAGCAUUGUCGUGUAACUUAGCAGAGGACCAUUGAAAGCAGUGAGUGUUCUCUACCUCACCUUCUCAGGCUUCUGUUUCUCCCUCCUCCUACUCUCCUAGCAUCUGGGCGGCAGUUCCCACACCCCCACUUUCGGGUUGACUGACGGCAGUAGUGAUUUAGGAAGGCUGUUAUGGAAAAGGAGACAGACACAUCAGAGGUUGCCAGUGGCUGAAAGGUUGUAGGCUGUGCAGUUGGUUAGGAUGGGAACUCUGGGGGCCAGUAAUGGAAACGUACCUGGUUAUGAUGGUUUUAGAUACUUCUUGCCCCAAUUGGAAACCUAGGAAGAAAAAUUCUAUUCAGUAAAGUGUUUUUAAAUUUUGUUGGUUUUUCCAUAUACAUUUUGUAAAGUUAAGCCUAGUUAACUUUAUAUUAAUAGACAAAUUAAUAUGUGUUUUGGGAAAGGUAAGAAAGCUACUAUUAAAUUCCAUAUGAUUUAAAAAAUAUUUUCAGGUUAAAUAAAGAAUUUAAGUACCUUUUAGUAUAAUAUAAGCCCUUUAGCAUAAUCUAAGCCCAGGUUCAAGACUAUUUUUACAUCUUUAAGUUAUCGUAAUUAAAGACUUUUCUAUCCAAAUUGCAAAGCUUUCUGUGUAUUUCUUGGGUCACUUUGUUGGUGCCACAGUUGUGAUGUCAUGAAGGGUUAGCAGUCAUUCUGUUUUUAAUAUAUUUAACUAAUUCCUGGUUUUAUGUAUAAUUGUCAUUUAUGAAACAUCUCUUUAUUAUAUUGGAAAUACUGAUUUUUUUAAAUUUUUGAAAUGAACCUUAUUAUAAAAGUCUUGGAAAUUAAAAAAAAAAAAAAGAAAUCCCACACUGAAGUUAACCAGUCAUCUGUGACCUAUACAGUUAGAGUAGUCACUCUGAAGCUUUGUCACCUCACUCUGGACUUUACACUUUCACUAUCUAAUGUAUUUUAUAUACUUAUCUACUUAUGCACUUAUUGAUCUUUUGAGUAACCCCCCCCCCCAAAAGCCUGCUGGCCUAACUCACUCUGUAAACCUUGAACUCACAGAGAUCCACCUGCCUCUAUCUCCCAAGUGUUGAGAUUAAAGUCAUGAGUUUUUAACUAUAUGAAAAUGUUUGAUGAAAGCAAGGCUUUAAUACAUCAAGGAAAUGAAACUAGUUUAAAUAAUAUGUGCGCUUAAAAAACAAUAAAAUUAUGAGUUUGAUAUUUUUAUAUAGAAAGUUAACAAAAUAUCAAGCUGCUGACUAAGAAAUGAUCUUCAGCUGGGCGGUGGUCGCGCACGCCUUUAAUCCCAGCACUUGGGAGGCAGAGGCAGACGGAUCUCUGUGAGUUCAAGGCCAGCCUGUCUACAAGAGCUAGUUCCAGGACA